AUGGAACAAUCUAUUGACUAUGAGUGGCUACUUGUUAAAUGUAAAAAUUGUACUGGGUUUGGCCAUAUUACAGUUAAUUGUCGAAAGGAUACUCUGAAGAAAAAAGCCUUGAAUCCUAAGAAACAACAACCUAAUCUGCAACAAGUUGCAGCAACUAAAAUAGGGGAAGUUCAGAUGGCUGCGAGUUCUAAGGAGCCUUCCCAGGUUCCUAAAAGUGUUGAUAUUAACAUAGACAAAUCUUGGCAUACCCCAAAGAAGACUGAACAGGGGAAAGUGAUUGAUAAGCAAGAUGUCGUUGCUCAAUUUUGCCAAGUUAAUAAGAUAGGAGUAGAAGCUUUGUUGGAAAUUAAGCUUAAAGGAAAUAAGAUCAAAGAGAUGUUUGAUUCUAAAAUGUCAAAUUGGAACUACUAUACUAGUGCCACGAUUGAAGGUAGAUUAUUGAUAUACUGGAGGAAGAACUAUGCUAGAAUGAUAGUCACUACUGAAUCCCCCAAGUUUGUGUUGGGAACAUUAAACCAGGAUCUAAAUUUACUAGCAAGACACAAAACCCAACAGUUUGUGCAUUGUUAUGUCAAAUUAGCUAGUUGUGAGUAUGGUUUCUGUGCAACUUUUGUUUAUGGGAUCAAUACCAUAGAUAAAAGAAAGAGCCUUUGGGAGGAUCUUCUUAAACUCAAGAUGGUUGUGAAACCGUGGGUAGUGCUUGGAGAUUUCAAUGCCAUCAUUAAUAUAGAUGAUCGAGUUGGGGGAAACUCUAUUACUUUCAAUGACACUCAUGAUGCAUCUAUGUGGCUUGCUACUGCCAAUGUUGAAGUCAUCCCUAGAGCUGGUUCUUCUUUUACUUGGUCUAAUAACCAAGAUGGAACAAGUAGAAUUUAUUCUAAGAUAGACCAUGUGUUUGCUAAUGAGGAUUGGCUUGAUGAGUUUCCUAAUGUUGAAGCCUUGUUUAGAUGGGAGACCAUAUUUGACCAUUGCUCAUGUAUUGUUAGAAGUGUCAUUUCAAACAAGAUUGGUUUUAAACCUUUCAAAUACUAUAAUUUCUGGAGUUCUCAUCCUGAGUUCAAAGAAACGGUGCUCAUUAGUUGGAAGAAACCAAUUACUGCUAAGGGUCUUCAAGCUAUAUAUCUCAAGUUGAUGAGAUUAAAGCAUUGUCUUAGAAAGUUUAUUCAUAAUCUCAUUGGUGAUAUAGGGAAGAAGUUUCAAGAGGCAAAGUCAGAUUUUAUUGAACCUAGAAUGCAAGCUCAAGCUCAUCUUAAAGAAGCCAGAUUCCUUGAUAAAGAAAAGAAGGGAGAAAUUGUUGAUAAUUACUUGGAGGUGGUGAAUCAUUUUGUCUCUCAUUUUCAAGGAGCUGAAAUAUGUUUUGUUGUCAAGGAUUUAUUCAUCUCUGGUUCUAUGCCUAAAGAGCUUCACUCAGCUCUUAUUUCUCUAGUUCCAAAGAUUGAGAAUCCUUCAAGAGCAGGGGACUUCAGACCUAUUGCUUGUUGCUCUACAAUCUACAAGUGUAAUUCUAAGCUCUUAUGUACCAGACUUGUUGUGGUGCUCCCUAGAUUGAUUAAUCAAAACAAGGGUGCAUUCAUUCAAGAUAGAUCUAUUGCCCACAAUGUGAUGAUUCUCCAAGACUUGCUGAAAAACUAUAACAGGAAAAACAUUUCCCCAAGAUGCUCCAUUAAAAUUGACAUAAGCAAGGCUUAUGACAAUGUUAGUUGGGAUUUUUUGGAGCAAUUGUUGGUUGCCUACAACUUUCCCCAGAAAUUUAUUUAG